AUGGACCCUGCUGUUAACGAGCCUUCUAGGGCUGUUGCCGCCAGCGAUGAAUCCAAGCACUUGAGUGAUGAACACUCUUCGGAUGGCCUUGACAGACGUGACACUGUCAAGUCUCAGGUUCAGGCUUCCACCGCUAAGUCUUUCGGUAUUAGAAAGGCUGAGCUCAUGUGUGCUCAGUACACUCAUCCAGCUAUGAUUGGUUUGGCUUACCUCUGUGUCUUCUUUAUUGCUUACACCUACGGUUUGGACGGUACCGUCAGAUCCGCAUUACAGACAAAAGCUCAGAGUUCUUACGACCAGCACUCCCUUCUUUCCACUGUCAAUGUUAUCAGAACUGUGGUUGCUGCUGCUUCCCAGCCAACUUACGCCAGAAUGUCUGAUAUUCUCGGUCGUAUCGAGUUGAUGGUUGUUUCCAUCAUCUUCUACGCUGUCGGUACUGUGAUUUCUUCCCAGGCCUUCGAUGUUGAGCGUUUCGCCGGUGGAAGUGUUCUCUACCAAGUUGGUUACUCUGGUAUCAUGCUUAUGUUGGAAGUCUUCUUGGCUGAUUUGUCCAACUUGAACUGGAGGUUGUUUGCUUCCUUCAUUCCAGCUACUCCUUUCAUUAUUAACACUUGGGUUAGUGGUGAUGUUUUGGACCUGCUCGAGCGGAACUACUCUUGGAACUUUGGUAUUGGUAUGUGGGCCUUUAUCUUCCCAUUGUCUUGUAUCCCAUUCCUUUGCAUCUUGAUCCACAUGAGAAUCUUGGCUGGUAGGACUCCUGAGUACAUGCAAGUGCAGAUGGAGGAGGAGGAACACCGUAUCCUGAACAACAGAUUGUACCGGGCUUACGUCAACGAUAUUCCAAGACUUACCACCAUGAGCAUUUGGAAGAGGUGGCCAGCCAAGGUCUGGCACACUAUCAAAUGGUGUGCUUGGGAACUCACCGACUUGUUCUGGCUCCUUGAUGUCGUUGGUAUCCUUUUCAUCAUUUGUGUCUUCGGUUUCAUUUUGGUGCCAUUCACCCUUGCUGGUGGUGUGAGCACUAAGUGGCAGGAAGCCUCCACCAUUGUUCCAUUGGUUAUUGGUUUCGUUCUCAUCCCAUUCUUUGUCAUCUGGGAAUUGAAGUUCGCCAAGUUCCCUAUCGUUCCAUUCAAGCUUCUCAAAGACCGUGGUGUUUGGGCAUCCCUUGUUAUUGCUAUGAUGGUCAACCUUAUUUGGACCUUGCCAAACGAUUACAUGUACACUGUCUUGAGGAUUGGUAUGAACACCUCUGAAAAGGCUACUAUCAGAAUUCAAUCCUUGUACUCCUUCGUUUCCGUCAUUGUUGGUCCAAUGCUUGGUUUGGUCCUUGUUCUUGUCAGAAGAACUAAGCCAUUCAUUAUCUUUGGUUGUGCUACUUGGUUCGUUGCUACUGGUCUUCUUUUCCACUUCAGAGGUGCCAACGAUGGUCUCAAUGCUGAGCACGUCAAGGACGGUAUCAUUGGUGCUCUCUGUGUUAUGGGUUUCGGUGCCGGUUUCUUCACUUACACUACCCAGCUUUCUAUCCAAACUUGUACUAACCACGAGUACAUGGCUGUUCUUCUUUCCCUUUACUUGGCCACCUACAACAUUGGUUCUGCCAUUGGUAACAGUAUUUCUGGUGCUAUCUGGACUCAGCUCAUGUACGACAAAAUCGUGGACGAGUUGGACAACUUCGGUAUCAACAACUCCACCAUGGCUACUAUCGCCUACUCUAACCCAUUCAAAUUGUCUGCUGAAUACCCUUGGGGAACCCCACCAAGAAGAGCUGUUGCCAUUGCUUACGCCGACGUUCAAAGAAAAAUGUGUAUCGCUGGUAUAGCUUUGUGUGUUCCAUUGCUUGUGGCUUCUCUUCUCUUGAGAAACCACAAGUUGCUUUCUGUCCAGUCCUUGGACGAAGCCUCUCCAGCCGAAGUUGGUGACAUCGGUGAGAAGGGUGAGAAGGAAGAGAACAAGGACAUUAUCGUUGUCAACAACUACGAUGACGAUCCAAUUGUCAAAUUCUUCUUGGUCAAGGUUCCAGCUUUCUUUAAGAGGUCCUAA